GGGGGGGGGGUUAGGGGGCUUUACAUGUAGUUGUUCGAGAUGGAUUUCGAUGCAGAGUUGACAGUUGCGUUUUAGACUGUGUUGAAUCUAGUCGGACGCUUACUUGAAUUACUGUUUGAGUGUAUUGACAUUUAUUUGUGUACAUCAAGGGGGAGGACUCGAUGAUGAGGACGAGUCUCACGUCUUCUACUCGACGCUGGUGAGCCUGAUUUGGACACAGUUGAGUACAGAGAGGUAUUUCUCGUGAGGACGUCGAUCUAGUGUUGCUAACAUGGAUGCACCGGAGAACGACCUUUGCAGAGCAGGACAGUCUCCGCCAGGGCAUCCGCUGCUGAAAUCCUGGAAUCCCCCGACGCAGCACAGCUUCACGAAAGCGCAACUGAGAACUUUGAUAUCAAUAUGCGAUGCUUUCUCGCCGUCUCUCAGUCCUCCUGCCGAAUGCGAGGAAAAGCAGGAGAUUGCGUCGUUCUAUACCUGUUCAGCUUCAGACAUGGGAGUUCCAGAGGAUAUUGCAGGUCUGCUGCAUGUGCUCUUGAAGCCGCAGCUGCUGAUGGCAAUCAGAGUGUUCCUGUGGCUACUGUCGACACGGAUAGGAACUCUGAUCCUGGGAGGGCGUGCCAGCCUGACCACGCAAUUCCCAUUCUUUCAGAGUUUUGCAUAUCUUUCGACUGAUAAACAAGAAGACAUCCUACGCGGAUGGUCGCUGAGUACACUCGGGGCCUUUCGAGCUGUGUACAAGCUAUUCAAGAUGAUCACCAUGUGGGCAGUCUACACCAAAAUUGAGAACGGCGGAUUCAACCGCAAUUGGAAGGCCAUCGGCUACUGCGGCGCUGAUCCGCAGGUCAUCCGCAGCAGGAAAUGUUCGAGUAACGACGGUGUCAGAUCAAACCCUCUUCAAGACAUGGUGAUUGCGACACAAGCAGCUGGGGAUAAGCUUGAGAAGGUUCUGAGUCGGGCGGGCGUCAAAGUACUAAACGACGACAUUCCAUUAAAGAAACUGGCAUCAGGUAACAGAAAUAGAAAUAAUUCUGCUGCAGGGGGAGAUUUGGGGAUUAGCUGCGACGUGGUUGUGGUGGGAUCUGGGUGCGGGGGUGGCGUGAUAGCGAGCGUGCUUGCGAAGGCGGGAUACCAAGUAGUGAUCCUUGAGAAAGGGAAGUAUUUCAGAACGGAGGAUCUCACCACUCUAGAAGGGCCCUCGCAGAUGGCCAUGUUUGAGAAGCUAGGCUCGCUCGCAACUGAUGAUGGCGGAGUGAACCUCGUGGCUGGCGCCACUGUGGGCGGGGGAACGGCCAUCAACUGGUCUGCGUGUUUCGAGACGCCUUCCCACGUUCUGCAGGAAUGGAAGCAAAUUUCUGGUCUGGAGUUGUUCACCUCCACCCGAUACAAGCUUGCCAUGAAGAAGAUCUGGCAUCGUCUGAACGUGCAACCCAACAUCGCCCGCGAGAAUCUGCAAAACUCUGUCCUCCGAGCAGGGUGCGAGAAGCUGAGCGCUGAGGUAGGUACGCUCGCGAGGAAUGCUCCAGUAGAUCACGAUUGCGGGUGGUGCACAUACGGUUGCCCAAGUGGCCAGAAGGGUUCCACUACAUCUACCUGGCUUAAAGACGCUGCUGAAUCAAAAAAUGCUGUACUAUUGUCGGAAUGCGAGGCGCAGAGAAUCCUCUUCUCAAAAAACCACUCAGGGAGAAAACAUUACAAAGCACGGGGAGUGAUGGCUGUAGUUGGAAGCAGCAAGAAGAGGAUCUUCAUCGAGGCGCAGUCUGUCGUUGUGGCGUCAGGCUCUUUAAUGACCCCACCCCUGUUACUCAACAGCGGACUUCGAAACCCAAACAUUGGCAAAGGCCUACAUCUCCAUCCAGUGGUGUUCAUGUGGGGUUAUUUCCCUGAAGAAUCUGGAUUCCCUGGUACUUGCUACGAGGGCGCUAUAAUGACGUCGUAUUCUCCUAUCUACAAAAAAAAUGGGAGCUUUCCAGUUGCGCUUCUGGAAGUUCCGUCGACGCAUCCAGGCAGUUUCGCUUCUUUCCAACCGUGGACAUCUGCUGCUGAUUUCAAAGAAAGGAUGAGACGUUUUUCCCGCACCGUCACACUGUGCGCCGUCACGCGAGACACAAGUAACGGCCAAGUAAGCGUGGAAGCUGACGGCAAACCGAAAAUCGAUUACACCCUAAAUGCAGUAGAUGAAGAAACAAUUCUGGAAGGAAUCGAGAAAGGACUGCGUGUACUCAUAGCUGCGGGAGCCACCGAGAUAGGAACUCACCAGCAGGACGGAGAGCGCUUCUGCGUCAAAGGAGCAAAUUCUAGAGACAUAGAAGCUUAUAUUAAAAGAGUAAGAUCAAGAGGAGUGAAGAAGAACAAGAUUAUAAUAGGUUCUGGCCACCACAUGGGAAGUUGCAAGAUGGGCAGCGAUCCUCGACGUUCUGCCGUUGAUGGAGAAGGAGAAACUUGGGAGGUGGAGGGCCUUUACGUCAGUGAUGGAAGUGUCCUGCCGAGCGCAAUUGGGGUAAACCCCAUGGUCACCAUUCAAUCUGUAGCUUACUGCAUCGCCCACUCCGUUCUGCAAUCUCUCGACUCUCAGUACAAAUCAUCAACCGCCAAAUUGUAAUUCACCUAGUUAUUACCAGAUCACAAUAAUUUCAUAUCUACUUUCAAUUGAGUUCAAUCACCACAAACCAAUGGUUGAUAGUAGCGAUCCAAUCUUCCGAUCAUCUGCACGCUACGUAUCAUAGUGGAACUAAAGCUACAUAAUCGAAACAUGUUGAAGAAUUCACGCUU